AUGCUUUCCACGGGUACCAUUCCCGAAAGUCUCAAAUCGAUACACAAGGCGUUCACAAAUAUUGUACCAAACCAUUCCCUCGGUAUUCCAAUAUCUCUCUUUGCCGGCCUGGCUACCACUUCGUUGUUUGUCCUUGCAUUUCGCGAUAUUUGUAUAACCACUGAUGUCGAUGUCACUCAAAACGCCUUGUCUAAAUCAAAAUCUGAGUCACAUCUGAAAUCAAAAUCUAAAUCUAAAUCAAAAGUCAUCCCCAGUCCUCUAACCACCCAAAUCCCAACACUAUCCCACGAGAAAAUAUCCGCAUUGCCUUAUCCGCCGGAUAUAUUCCCCGGAGCCCGUGACAUCACCAGCCCCCAUGGUAGCACCCGCGCCUAUGAAUUCGGACCUCUGAAUGGCCCCAAAAUCCUCCUCGUCCACGGUAUCUCCACGCCCUGCAUUUCCCUCCAUCAUCUCGCUACUGCCCUUGCCUCCACGCACGGAUGUAGAGUUCUCCUUUUCGAUCUUUUUGGAAGGGGGUAUUCGGAUGGUGUUGCGGAUUUACCGCAUGAUGAGAGGCUUUAUACGGCUCAGAUCUUACUGGUUCUUACUUCUUCCUCGAUAUCUUGGGCUGGGGAGGGGUUUCACAUCAUUGGAUUUUCGAUGGGGGGAGGCAUAGCCGUGGAUUUUGCCGUGGAUUUUCCGGCGAUGGUGAGAGGUGUGGUAUUAUUGGCACCGGGGGGGUUGAUUAGAGAGGAGCGUUUUGGGUGGAAAGGGAAGGUGAUGAGAAAGUGGUGGUUUCCUGAUGGGUUGUGGGGCUGGAUAUUGAGGAGGAGGGUGAGGGGGGCUUAUGAGGAGGUCUCGAGUUCCCUUUCUACUUCUCCAUCAUCCUCUCUUCGAGCCUCUGAUUCGGAGUUCAAGCCUGGCAACCAUGUUGAGAAUCGGGCACAAGUCGACUCGGAACUUAUAAUGGCGGUUCCCUCCUCUUUUUCCUCUCCUGUUGCGAGCACAGAUACUAAGAUAUCGUUUGAUGAUACACCUAUAUCUCCUUCAUUACCAUAUAUUACGGUAGGACAGGUGAUGCGUUGGCAAACGCAACAGCAUCGAGGAUAUGCAAAUGCAUUUGCAAGUUCGAUUAUGUAUGCGUCGAUUUCUGGAUGCGGAGAGAAGUGGAUGGGAUUAUGGGAAGCCCGAAGUGGCAGUGUAAUGCAGCAGGAGAGUAAUGUUAAAAGAGAGAAGAUCUUGGUAGUGGUGGGCGAGUGGGAUGAUGUUGUUGUAGUAAAGGAGUUAAAGGAGGAUUUGGAGGGGGUGGUGGGAAGUAUAGGGGCUGGGAAUGUUGGUAGUGGAGUAUUUGAUGAGAGGGUUGUUUGGAAGGUUCUAGAGGGGGCGGGUCAUGAGUUUCCAAUUACGAGAGGUGAGGAGGUGGCAGGUAUUAUUGGGGAGUUUUUAGAGGUAUGA